UCUAGUUGUUCGUGUAUUUGCUCCUUGCACUUCCUGCUGUGCGACUAUUAUCAGUGCUCUCAGCCAGGGACGGACACCGACAGGGGACACUUCAGUCAAGGAGUGGGGGAUCCGCAGCCGCUCAGCACCCUCUCCCUGUCUCCCAUUACAUGGAAGGACGCCAAGUGAUGGCUCCAAGGAACAAGAUUCCUCUGCUUCGUAUAGGAGUUCUGAUAAUUGUGGGUUUGGCUGUAAUCAAGUUUGCAUAUAAAAGCAGACCUACCCACACCAUAGUAGCUUCUCUGAGGAUUGAAGAGAAGUCUGCAAAAGAAAGCAAAGACAACUUUUUUUGGGGAAAGGCAGGUGAACCCCAGGAGAAUUCGGAUAAACGGGAACUUCCUCCCGAGCCGCCAAACGAGAUGAACGCUCCGGUGGAUGAAAACCUUCCGUUAAAGAAGAAGGGUGUCGCCAAGGAUUUCAGCGGCAUUCAGUUGAGACUGGUUCACUUGGACCUUAAAGGAGCAGCCCCAAAGGUUUCUUACUUGGAACAGAUAUUUCCACUUCUUUCCAAGAUGGGGGCCAAUGGCUUGCUCAUAGAAUAUGAAGACAUGUUCCCUUAUAGCGGGGAGUUAGAAAUCCUGAAGUCUCCUUAUGCUUACAGUAAAGAAGAUAUUGAAAAGAUACUACACCUGGCGGAAAUAAACAAACUUGAAGUGGUGCCUCUCGUCCAAACCUUUGGGCAUAUGGAAUAUGUUCUGAAGCACGAGAAUUACCGGUCGCUGCGAGAGGUGGAACAAUACCCGAACAGCAUAAACCCACACCGUGCAGAGACCAUGCCGCUGGUGAAAAAGAUCUUGGGCCAAGUUCUAGAGCUGCACCCCAUGGCCAGCUUUGUCCACAUCGGGGCGGAUGAGGUUUUCCACCUUGGAGAAGGACAAGAUUCCAAGACCUGGUUGAACAGUAACAACGGAGACUUGGGCAAGAUGUUCCUCGCCCAUGUGAAAGAGCUGCUGAAUUUCUUGCACAGUCACUACCCUGACAAGUAUGCACUCAUGUGGGAUGAUAUGCUGCGGAAGCUCAGCGUGGAGAACAUAAAGGAUGCCAAUAUCAGCAAGUCUGUGUCUCCGGUAUUGUGGAUUUAUGAUCAGAACCUCAACACUCAACAAACAGAUAAACUCAUAGGGAAGUACCAGGACUGUGGUUUUCCUUCUGUAUGGUUUGCAAGUGCCUUCAAAGGAGCAUCAGGCCCUGAUCAGAUGUGGACCCCCAUUGGCUUGCACAUGAAUAACCACCUGCAGUGGAAACAAGUAAUUGAUAGCAUGCACAAAUUCCCAAAAAUCCGCUAUGGUGGCAUUGCAAUGACAGGGUGGCAAAGGUACGACCAUUACUCUGUGCUGUGUGAGCUGCUGCCUGUAGCUCUCCCUUCACUAGUGGUGUGUCUGCGGGCCAUUCAGCAUGGGCCACUCACUGAGGAAUCCAAGACAGAGAUCAAUCAGAUACUGGGCUUCAGUAAAAUGGAUUUAAAGAAGAACAUUUGUGACGGCAACGGAGCCUUCCCUGGGGCUGAGAUUUACAGGAUGGUUCGCAUCAUCAACGACGACUUAAAAAAGAAAGUGCGAGAAAUUAUGGAGGGAGACAGUGAAAUCCGGGCCUGGUUUUCCCGUUAUCACCGGAAGCAUCGCUUUGGGAACCCGCACAAGAUGGAGACUUUCAGAGACAAAGUGUUAAAAACCCACGAAGAAUGGGAAACUCUCACGGACAGCCUGCGCGUCCAGCUGGAGACCAUCUAUUUUCCCGACACAGUGGAAGAGUGGAUGGAAGAGAACGUUAACCUGCACUUGGACGCCCUGAGAAAAAUGGCAAAAGACUUCAAAGAGAUCUUGGAGCUUAAGGCUCAGCCUAAGGCAGUCCUAAAAAAGUGACGAACCCGCAGGGAAUGAUGGUAACGGGUAUUUAAAUGAAGAAUUAAAUUUCGGAGAUAUUUAUGUGAAAGUUCAAAGGGUAGAGCUCUGAGUUUAAACUUGGGGACCUCCAUUUCUAUAUGAACUACUUCUCCCAGCAUGCUCAGCCAACUGUAUGUUUUCAGCACCUGUGGAGCAGUGAAUGUAAGCACCCAGGUUUACUGAUCUAGCACCAUGGUUGAUAAUUACGCCUGUCAACACUUCUAUACCCUGUGAUAUUUAAGGUUCAGCUACUGCAUUCAGCUUGUUUCUGCACCCCAGAUGAACAGAAAGAGUCGACCAUGAGUUGCUUCCCGACCUGCUAAAUCACAGCACUUCAGUUGCAGAAAGGGAAGGUUCACCAUCAACAUAAAUGUUCUUUUAUCAUAA